GCAGAGUCGGAAAUAGUGGAUCAUUUUUCUUAUCGAAGCUGGUCGGCGCCGAUAGCGGGACCUCGUUGGGCGGCGCCACCCCUGUCAGAAAUUCUCGAGCGUCAAAGACAGUGGGAGCUCCCCGGCCUUCAGUUCAACCGCGGCAUUCUCAGUCGCGUGAACGCCGAGAUGAGACGGCCAACCCGGCUUUCGGAAAUUCGUGCGGCAGACUGAACAUGAUUAGAUAUCGUGUCGCCAGGAGCCAGGACAGCCAGGUCAUAUGCGCCGCCUGCGCCCUGGCUCUCCGCGUAGGCGCCAUAAGGCUCGCCCAACAGCCCACUGCCCGGCACCACCGAUGGUACUCCGUCGCCGACGCACCCCGCCCCAACGACGAUGGGCCGCGGCCCGGGGAGUCCUCCGACGCCCCCGCCAACCCCUCAUCUUCCUCUCAGAACUCGGGUUUCGCAAGCAGACCAAUAACCGGCAAGAAACUCUUCGGACAGAGGCAAGGCCAGGCGAGAACCUCAACUCCUCGGCUAGUCAGCGACCGCGACGACUUCCUUCUACCCCAUGAGCUGGCCGCGCGCCAGGCGGCACUCGACGAAAGGCCGAGGCCGCCUCCCCCUGAGCAGAGGCCGCCUCCUCCUGAGCAGAGACCGCCUCCCCUUGAUCAGAGUGCGCUAUGGUCACGGCCACGGCCACUGGAGCGUGCUCCUUCCACACAAGAACCCCAAGCUCGCGGGAGGAGCCCACUACCAUUGGGGGUUGGGUUCGAGCCUGUCGAGCCUCUGCGCCCAAGAAACAACUUUGGACAUACGGGGCCACGCAAUCCACCAUCACGCCCAGAUAUAUAUCCGAGGAAGGAUCUAGGUCCGGCCAGGGAGACGAAGCUUGACGGCGAGCGAGAAUGGUCACAGCUCUCGAGGCCGAUACAGAGCUCGGGCGACACUAGCUCCACGGACUUUGUUCCCAUGCAACAAAAGAAUCCUUGGGCUGUGGGAGGGCUGGGAUUCCUGGCCUCCAAGCUCGGCGAGGAAAAGUCCGCUGGAAAAGGCAAAGGGUUUGGUUCCAUACUCGACACCUUGCGUAACGCAAACUCUGGGGCCUCAUCAAGGCCAUCAACAACGCCGCCCAACCAGCCCAGACGUGCCCCCACGUUCGGGAGGCCGCGUGAUGGUGACAAUGCAAGGGCUGGCGUGAGGCCCCCGCUUGAUUUAGAUGACAGCCUCCUAAGACCGUUUUCUAGACCUACAAAUGCUACCGUGAAGCCGCCGGAACCUGCAGAUGAAGAAGAUUUCUUCUCCCAGUUCGACAAAAAGACUGCCGACAAUACCAGGCCCAGACAGUUUGAACGCCCGAGGCCUGGCCCAGCCCCUGUGGCCGGAGACGACUUGUUCAAGCCCGAUAAGCAGGCCAAUGGCGGGCCUGAAGGCGCCUCCAUUGAUGAGGACGACUUCUUCAGACAGUUCGACAAGCGAAACAGCGCUAAACCAGCCCCAAGUCGACCCAAGAGUAAUAGGGUCAAGGUCGCUGAUUUCCCCAUGGCUGAGAACAUUGCGGUAGCAAAACCGGCGCCGGUGGAACCAGAAGAAUCCUCGGAGUGGGCCAAGGAACCAGCUGUGAAGAACACACUCGUUCUAGACUCGGCCGAGCAUGAUGUGGUUGAAGAGAGGUGGUCGAGGCGGAGAGAGCGACCAGAGAAGACUAAAACGAAGCCCAAGAACAUGAGGAGACGCGGCAGCAAUGACGAAGAUGGCUGGGAUGAGGAAACUGCGCGAAUAGCCGAGGAGCGACGUCUCCGUAAAGAGGAAAGGCAGGCAAUGAAGGAACAGCAAGCACUGGAAAGGCUGGAGGCCGCAUCUGCCCCGAAGCCCAUCUUGGUACCCGAGUUCAUCACAGUGGCGAAUCUGGGCGAGGCUCUCGGAUUCAAGACGGACAAGUUUCUUGAGGAGCUUACCAACUUGGGGUUUGAGGAGAUCACGGACGAGAGCGUUAUGACGGGCGAGACUGCCGCGCUCGUUGCCCAAGAGUUUGACUUCGAGCCGACUAUUGACGACGGCCACAAGGUUGACUUGAGGCCCCGCCCGGCGCCCGAGGAUCCCUCGCUGCUCCCGCCACGACCCCCCAUCGUGACCAUCAUGGGCCACGUCGAUCACGGGAAGACCACCAUGCUGGACUGGUUGCGCAAGUCCUCCAUCGCCGCGGGCGAGCAUGGUGGCAUCACGCAGCAUAUUGGUGCAUUCUCGGUGUGUCUGUCGACUGGCAAGCAGAUAACGUUCCUCGACACCCCCGGCCACGCCGCCUUCUUGACCAUGCGGCAACGCGGAGCCAACAUCACCGACAUUGUCAUUCUGGUGGUGGCCGCGGACGACAGCGUGAAGCCACAGACUCUCGAGGCCCUCAAGCAUGCCCAGAACGCCAAGGUGCCGAUAAUAGUUGCAAUCAACAAGGCCGAUAAGCCCGAGGCGCGGGUGGAGCAGGUCAAAUUUGACAUCGCGAAUAACGGGGUCGAGCUCGAGCAGUUCGGCGGCGAAGUUCAAGCUGUGGCGGUGAGCGGCAAGACUGGCCUGGGCAUGAAAGACCUGGAGGAGAGCAUCGUCACCCUCGCCGAAGUCCUGGACAUGCGAGCCGAGCUGGACGGCAUGGCCGAGGGCUGGAUCCUGGAGUCCGGCAUAAAGCCACUUGGCCGGGCGGCUACGGUACUGGUGAAGCGAGGCACGCUUCGCAAGGGCGACAUCAUUGUAGCAGGGAGCGUGUUUGCCAAGAUCCGUUUCAUGAUGGACGAGUUCGGUAAAGAGUUGAAGGAAGCACCACCAGGUACGCCGGUGGAGGUAUUUGGCUGGCGCGACGCCCCCUUGGCAGGGGACCAGGUGCUGCAGGCGCCGGACGAGGACAAGGCACGGCAGGCUAUCAAAUACCGCGUGGACAUGGCGGCUUGGCAGAAGACCGCGACCGACAUCGCCGAGCAAGAGAGGCGCGACAGGGAGAAGGCCGAGGCCGACGCGCUCGCUGCGGAAUUGGCAGAGCUUGGCGAGACGGGCGACGAAGACGGGGCGGCCGAGGCUGCGCCGACAGGGCCCAAGAUCGUCAACUUCGUCAUCAGGGGCGACGCCCUGGGCUCGGUCGAGGCGGUCAUGGGCGCCAUCAUGGAGAUUGGCAACAAUGACGUGCGCGCCCGGGUGCUGCGGUCGAACCCCGGGCAGGUCAGCGAGUCGGACGUGGAGCACGCGGCGACGACGGGCAGCGCCAUCAUCAACUUCAACAGCCCCAUCCCCGCGCACAUCCAGCGGCUGGCCGACGCGUCGGGCGUGCGGGUACUGGACUACUCGGUCAUCUACCACCUCGUGGACGCCGUCAAGGCGCUCAUGUCGGAGCAGCUCCCCGAAGCCGUGUCGUACAAGGUGCUCGGCGAGGCCGAGUUGCUCGAGGUCUUCCCCAUCAACAUCCGGGGGCGCGUCUACAAGAACAUUGCCGGCUGCAGGGUGCGCAACGGGCAGCUGCUCAGCAACGGAACGUACCGUGUGAUGCGCGGCAAGGCGAAGAUCUUCGACGGCAAGCUCGAGUCGCUCAAGCAUGGCAGGAAGGAGGUUACCGAGAUCAAGAAGGGCUCCGAGUGCGGUAUUGGGUUUGACGGGUUCCAGGAUCUGAAGGUGGGUGACCAGAUCCAGAUGUACGAGACCGUCAGGGAAAAGCAAUACCUGUGAGAUAUAGGUGGGGAAAGAAGAGGGAUACAUAAAAACCUGGGAAUAUCUGUCAAAGCACGGAGGGUAGCGGCGGCGCUUCCCUCGACGCCUGGUGCAUUUACAAGGGAAGGGCACUUUGGGACCAUUGUAUAUUAUGUAAACCUAAGAAACCAUCCUCGGACGGCCGGUCAGACCAUGCAUCCGCGUUGCGGGCAGUCCCUCGCGGGCCACAGCUCACCCCCUUCGAGGCGCCGAGAGGGAAGAUGACGUAAAAGUCCGGGUCGUGACGGCGGCGCGAGCCCUCUCCUUUUCAAGCUUGGCGAGCCCGACUCUAUCGGUCAGGGGGGUGGCAGCCAUGAUACCGUCGAACUCGUCAUUGUCGGAGCCGUUGUCCGAGUCCGGCUCGACGCCGUCGUCGGGCGCGAGGUGCUGCGGCCGCGGUAUGGUUGCUGGGGCAGGCUUCUGGCCCAUGUCGGCCGGGUUCGCGAAGGGCUUCGAUGCCAGCACCUUUCUGCGGAUAUCCUCCAUGGCGGCGUCGUCGUCGGAAUCGUCGGAUAUGGCGAACGGGUCCUUUUCUGCAUCGUCCUCCUCGGCUGCUGCUGCUGGCGGCUUGGAUGAUGCUGGGGGUUUCUUCCCCAGAAAUAUCCCGUCAACCUCGUCCUCGCCACCCUCGCCGUCCGCAUCCUCAUCGUCCUCGUCUGAAUCGGGCUCGGAGUCCACGACGGGCCUGCGGUUCAUGUUGCCGCCCUUCCACAGGUCAGCACCGUCGGCAGCAUCCAGACGGCUCUCGGCGUACUCCCUCUCGAGCGUCUCCAUCCACUCCUCCUCGGCCUGCUUGACCUCCUUGGCGUCGGCGCAGGCGGCGUACCGCUCGAACAGGGUCGCAUUGAUGUCGAGGAAGGCGUCGCCGUACGAGAAGGGCGCCAGGACCUCGACGGCCCAGUCGCGGUGGCCGCAGAUGGCGAAGGCGGCGGCCAGGGCCUCGACGCAGUUGAGGCGCCAGGGCUUGCCGUAGUUGACCGUGUUUGCGGCGACGAGGUAGGGCAGCAGGCGCUCGCAGCGGCCGCCGACGCGGGACCACUGCACCUCCUUUGUGCGGGCCCACGAGCACUCGACGACGGCGGCGCCGUGCGCCUCGAGGGCCUCGCGGUCGGCGGGCGACACGACCGUCUUGCCGUUGGGCGUGAUGACGACGCCCGGGUGGCGCUGGCCGACCGACAGGGGCCGCAUCAGGCCCAGCCUCAUGAGCUUCUUGCCCGAGCACCGCUUGGGGUCGCAGUGGCCCAGGUCCCAGCACGCGGCCUUGAAGGACGGCGCCUGGCCCCUGCCGCCGCCGCGCCGCGCCGACGAGGCGUUGCCGCCGCCGUCGCUGCCGGAGCCCUCAUCGCCGGAGCCCUCCCCGCCGCCGUCUUGGCGCCGGGGAGGGGGGCGGGCCGACCGCGGGGGGCCGUAGUGAAGGCGCUUGCCCUUGUUGUUGUGGUCCUUUUUAUGCCUGACCAUGGCUGGUGUAUAGCAACUAUGCCGGCGACAGGAUUCAGGAGGGGCCAAGGUAGGAGCGAGGUCUUGGUUCCCGGGUUUGGGGUUGAUGAAAUUCGCU